AUGUCUGGCUUUCCCAAAGAUUACGUUUCUUUCAUGAUGCGCGUCUUGAAACUCAUGCAGCAUGAGUUUGCGGAAAUCAUGCGCAUUGAUAUGGAUUUCAAGCUUGUCAGUGAAGAGGAACAAGUCGUUAUUCCCGAUGCUGCACAAUAUGAUUCUGGAUCUGAAGUGGAGGAAGUUACCGUAGGGCAUGUGCAAGAGGUACUUGAACACGCUUUUCCUAAUGGACUUACUCUCCAAGUCAUGGCUGAUGCAUUG